CGCCGCCGCGCCGGGCCCGCCGCCGCCGCCGCGGGGCCGCGCCCCGCCCCCAGCCCCCGGCCCCUCCGGCCCCUCCGGCCCGCGGGGAGCGGACGCGCGCGGCUGCUCGGUGGGAUGGUCCGUGGAGCCGGUCCCAGGAUGCUCCCCGGCUGUGGAUGACCGAGCCGCCAGCCCCCUACGGAUGCCGCGCCCCAGUCUUCUGACCCGGGGACCCCGCCCGGCGCGGGUCUGAGCUUACGAGCAGCCACGGCGCAGGGACCUGGGGGAAGGGGCUCGGCACCGGCGGGAAACAUUCUCCCCCAGCGACUCGGCAAGAUGACCAGCCUGUUCCGCCGGAGCAGUGGCGGCGGGGGCGCUGCCGGCGCUCGCGGGGCCGGGGCUGGCGCGGCCGCCUCGCAGGAGCUCAACAACAGCCGGCCGGCCCGCCAGGUGCGCCGCCUCGAGUUCAACCAGGCCAUGGACGACUUCACGACCAUGUUCCCCAACAUGGACUACGACAUCAUCGAGUGCGUGCUGCGCGCCAACAGCGGCGCCGUGGACGCCACCAUCGACCAGCUGCUGCAGAUGAACCUGGAGGCGGGCGGGGGCGGCGUCUACGAGGACAGCUCCGACUCGGAGGACAGCAUACCCCCAGAGAUUUUGGAAAGGACCUUGGAACCCGAUAGCUCUGACGAGGAGCCCCCGCCUGUGUACUCCCCACCUGCCUACCACAUGCAUGUGUUGGACAGGCCUUACCCCCUGGCUCCCCCCACUCCACCUCCCCGCAUCGACGUGCUGGGCUCCGUGCCCCCUUCCAGCCAGAGGCGUUACCGGAACUGGAACCCCCCACUGUUGGGAAACCUCCCCGAAGACUUUCUCCGCAUCCUGCCCCAGCAGCUGGACAGCAUACAGGCCACCUCCAGGGGCUCCAAGCUCGCGAGCACGGAGGGAAGCCUGCCCCCCGCAGCAGGGCCUGAGCCCCGGGACCAGGAGAGCCUCUGGAAGCAGUACCUGGAGGACGAGAGGAUUGCGCUCUUCUUGCAGAACGAGGAGUUCAUGAAGGAGCUGCAGCGCAACCGCGACUUCCUGCUCGCCCUGGAGAGAGAUCGACUGAAAUACGAGUCCCAGAAAUCUACAUCCAGCAGCGUGGCCGUAGGAAAUGACUUUGACUUUCCCUCUCCCGUCCCAGGAAACAGCGAUGCCAACCCCGCUGUGUCUGAAGAUGCCUUAUUCAGGGACAAGUUGAAACACAUGGGAAAGUCCACCCGGAGGAAGCUGUUUGAGCUGGCCAGGGCCUUCUCAGAGAAGACCAAGAUGAGGAAGUCAAAGAGGAAACACUUGCUGAAGCAUCAGUCGCUGGGGGCUGCGGCGUCAACAGCCAACCUCCUGGAUGACGUGGAGGGCCAUGCUUGCGAUGAAGACUUCCGGGGGAGGCGACAGGAGGUGCCCAAGGUGGAGGAGGCGCUCAAGGAAGGGCAGUAGGAGAUACCGGCGGUUCCUCCUUGCCGGGGACGAUCCGACCGGCGGAGGCAUCCCAGCUGCCGACGGACAGAUGGUGCUUGAGUUCUGAGGCCCGGUGAUUCUCUGGCCACAGUCCAGCCCAGCCACUGCCACUUUCCAAGGGACUCAGAACUUCCGAGUUGCCCGCUGUGAUUGCAGGAAGGGAGGAGGGUGGAGGCAGCAGCCAACCACAGCGCCUCUGUAACCGGCCUGUUCUAAGGGGAAUGGAUGGAAAUGCAGGAGCUAACCCCUCUUCUGUUAAAAAAAGAAAAAGAAAACGCAACAAAACAAAGCAGGCAAGGUGGGAAUACCCAAAAGGGGAGGAUGAUCCUUCUUGGCCUGAGGGUGGAGCCCCUGCCUCCCUCCUGUCCUGCAGGAGAGACCACAGGCACGGCCUGACCCCCCGCCCUCAUCCCAGCUCCCUCUGGGCACCUGGGGCCCUUCAUCCCCAUGGCCUCCUGCCUUUCAGCCUUCCCCCAGGGGCCCUGGCCCGUGCCCCUCCGCUGCACAGAGCCCUGGGCCGUCUCUGGAGCCCUGGCUGAGGGGUGACGGGCCCUGCAGAGCCGUGUGUGCCGCCUGCUCUGCAUGGGCUCCUUGCUGCCUCCGUUGGGGGCUGGCAAGGGUCCUCAGAGGGAUCCGGAGACAGGCCACCCUGGAGCUGGAGGGUUCUAGCGGUGGGGCGGGGGGGGUCUUCAGUCUGGCAGAAGACAAAAAGCCUUUUCUGGAUGGGAUCCUGCAGCCCCUGUCCAGCGGUGCUGAGCCCCCAUCCAGACUAGAAGUUCUGCUGCCUCCGAGUGGGCAGCGAUCAGUUCCUUGGUAAUCUUGGGAAGGUGUGGGACUGGGGGGCAUGAAGAAGAGGCUGCCAGCCGGCCUGCAGCCCCGGGCCACAAGGGCGUGCUGGGUGCCCCUUGCCAAGAGUGACAAGGUGAAUGGCCAGGUGAACAAGGGACCUACGGACCUGAUCCAGCACCAGCCACUGCCAGCGGGAGGGCUGGGGGCGCGGCCAGCCCCGCCUCUGAGGCCCCCCCUCCCCCCGCCGGGAGAUGGGGGUGUGCUGACUUGGGGGAAGCCUGGGCGGGUAAGAAGCUCCGGCUGGAACAGGGAGCCCGCCCAGCUGCACAGCAUUGGGGCGUUGAGAGGAGACGCCAGGCCCGCUGGGGCUGGGUGACCACAAGUCACCCUGAGAUAAAGAAGGCCUGGCGCGCCCCACGCAGUGCCCUGGGGAGACCCUGGCCGCCUCCCCGUCCCGCGGAAGUGCGGUUGCCCUUCGGCUCCCCACCAAUCCCCCACAGCCCCCACACAAUAGAGGGGGAACCCCACUCCAUGUGUGUGAGUUUGUUAGUUCUGUCUCUCCUCUUCCGUGUGGGUUUUUUCCUGGAGCUGUUUUGUAGGAAUUGGUGUAAUAAAGACUUGGUGUUCUCUUGGUGCUCUGA